CCUGACGCCGGGCGUGACGUCACCACGCCGGCGGCCGCCAUUACAGAGAGCAGAGCUCCGGGGCUAGAGUGAGGGGAGGACGGCCGCGGCCGGUGGCCGAGCACGGAGGGGCGAGCCAGCGGGCCAGCGCUAGCGCCGAGCAACCGCCAGUACCCGCACAAGUACCCCGGGAACCGGCGGCGGCGUGUGCGUGUGGCCCGUGUGCGGGCGGCGGCGCGGGAGGAGCGCGGAGCGGCAGCCGGUUCGGGCGGGUGGCAUCAUGGACGAGAAGGUGUUCACCAAGGAGCUGGACCAGUGGGUCGAGCAGCUGAACGAGUGCAAGCAGCUCUCCGAGUCCCAGGUCAAGAGCCUCUGCGAGAAGGCUAAAGAAAUCCUGACAAAAGAAUCCAAUGUGCAAGAAGUUCGAUGUCCAGUCACUGUCUGUGGAGAUGUGCAUGGGCAAUUUCAUGAUCUCAUGGAACUGUUUAGAAUUGGUGGCAAAUCACCAGAUACAAAUUACUUGUUUAUGGGAGAUUAUGUUGACAGAGGAUAUUAUUCAGUUGAAACAGUUACUCUGCUUGUAGCUCUUAAGGUUCGUUACCGUGAACGCAUCACCAUUCUUCGAGGAAAUCAUGAGAGCAGACAGAUCACACAAGUAUAUGGUUUCUAUGAUGAGUGUUUACGGAAGUAUGGAAAUGCAAAUGUUUGGAAAUAUUUUACAGAUCUUUUUGACUAUCUUCCUCUCACUGCCUUGGUGGAUGGGCAGAUCUUCUGUCUACAUGGUGGCCUCUCACCAUCCAUAGAUACACUGGAUCACAUCAGAGCACUUGAUCGCCUACAAGAAGUUCCCCAUGAGGGUCCAAUGUGUGACUUGCUAUGGUCAGAUCCAGAUGACCGUGGAGGUUGGGGUAUAUCUCCUCGAGGAGCUGGUUACACCUUUGGGCAAGAUAUUUCUGAGACAUUUAAUCAUGCCAAUGGCCUCACGUUGGUGUCUAGAGCUCAUCAGCUGGUGAUGGAGGGAUAUAACUGGUGCCAUGACCGAAAUGUAGUAACAAUUUUCAGUGCUCCAAACUAUUGUUAUCGUUGUGGUAACCAAGCUGCAAUCAUGGAACUUGAUGAUACUCUAAAAUACUCUUUCUUGCAGUUUGACCCAGCACCUCGCAGAGGCGAGCCACAUGUUACUCGUCGUACCCCAGACUACUUCCUGUAACGAAAUUUUAAACUUGUACAGUAUUGCCAUGAACCAUAUAUUGACCUAAUGGAAAUGGGAAGAGCAACAGUAACUCCACAAAGUGUCAGAGAAUAGUUAACAUUCAAAAAAACUUGUUUUCACACGGACCAAAAAGAUGUGCCAUAUAAAAAUACAAAGCCUCUUGUCAUCAACAGCCAUGACCACUUUAGAAUGAACCAGUUCAUUGCAUGCUGAAGCGACAUUGUUGGUCAAGAAACCAGUUUCUGGCAUAGCGCUAUUUGUAGUUACUUUGCUUUCUCUGAGAGACUGCAGAUAAUAAGAUGUAAACAUUAACACCUCGUGAAUACAAUUUAACUUCCAUUUAGCUAUAGCUUUACUCAGCAUGACUGUAGAUAAGAAUAGCAGCAAACAAUCAUUGGAGCUUAAUGAACAUUUUUAAAAUUAAGUACCAAGGCCUCCCCUCUACUUGUGAGUUUUGAAAUCGUUUUGUUUAUUUUCAGGGAUACUGUUUAAUUUAAUUGUAUGAUUUGUCUGCACUCAGUUUAUUUCCCCUUCUCAAAUCUCAGCCUCAUGUUGUUCUUUGUUACUGUCAGAUCCUGGUGAGUUGUUUUGAACAGAACUGUUUUUUUCCCCUCCCUCCUGUAAGACGAUGUUACUGCACAAGAGCACUGCAGUGUUUUUCAUAAUAAACUUGUGAACUAAGAACUGAGAAAGUCAAAUUUUAAUUGUA